UGGCAUUAAGUACGCAUAUUUUCAUCACCCAUAUAACUUAGAGUACGUAUGCGUACUUAAUUGGGAGUUGGCCGAAGGCGCUUAUUUAAAAAAGGACGAAAUUCUAAGCCACACUGCUGAUCGGCUGCACUUAUUAUUAAUCUUGCUCAAUUAGAUAUUUAAAACUAAUUAACAUGUGAUGUGACAUCCAAAUUUCCAACAAUGGAAGAAUUAAUGGAGUACGCUGGUAUUUUUGACAUACUAAAAGUUUUGCAACUUGAACAAUAUUCCCAAAUAUUCCAUGAAAACCUGCUCACCGAUAAAAAUUUGCUGCUAUUAACGAAUUCUGGAAUUCUUGUUGAGCAGCUGAAGGAAAUUAUUCCACCGUUAGCCCAUCGAUUACUAAUCCUUCAACAAUUGAAUCAGACGACCUUUUCAACGCCCAGCGGACAAAUAGGAAACGAUGCGCUUUCAUCAAAUCAGGUUCAGUCCCUGAAUAAUAUUGAAAUUCCAGACCCAUCCAAUUCUGAUUUCCCACCACGACCAAGAACUCCCUUAACACAAGAUAAUCGCCACAGCAGACCAAAAAGGCGGAAGCUAUUUCAUGGCGAGGAACCGGAUAUAAUUGACAUUCACGCGAUCCUGACCAAGUCUGACUUAGAGACAAGAACAUCAAACGGCAAAAAAAUUAUUGAUACUGCAGCAAACAGAAACCCCCUCAACUUUCAAUUAAGAAAAAAACUGGUGGCUACUGCGUGCCAUACUUUAAUGAGUAAGACAAAUUCCAGUCGACCAUCCACUGACCAACGGUCUCAAUUAGCAGCGUGCAUCGUCAAUCAACUCUUCGGUUAUAUGAGUUCUCAGGAGCGCAUUAAUUUGCAGAUGUCUUAUUUCACACCCUCUUGCACGUAUAAAGAUCAACAGGGAAAAGCUAUAAGUAAGCGUCCAAUGGGAUAUAUUCAGUCAUGGUUUGUUAACUUUUGGAAUACAAAUAAGCCUUCCGCCAACACUGAAACUAACGCCGAUACAGAAGUUGCUAACAAAGAUAAAGACUCCCUGGACGAGAUUUUGAAAAUACAGGACUGGUUAAAGUGUAAUAAAGGCCCCCCUCAGAAAGUGUUUGAAAAACUGAACCAGACUUUUUUUACGCGGAAGGAUUUUGUCAAGACAGCAAAAGAUUUUAGCUCCAUUGUCGCCAGUUGGCCCAGACUAUUCGAUGUCGAUGGAGCGAUCCAAAAUGAUUUUUCCUCAUUGUUUCCGUUGUCGUCGGACAAUUUAUUUCACGAGUGGAGCAAGGUGGCAACAAAAUUGAUUGCUUACGGAGAAAGUAUGAAACGAUCGCUAUCGACUAUUGGGAUUUCUUCUGAAAUGUCUUCCACCUGUCCGGAUGUGUCGGCAUUAUUUCUGUUGGCGCUAUUGAUUAGACCCAAAAAUAAGAAAAUUUCACAAAUAGAUGCAGCUGAGGCAUUUAUAAAGGUCACAAUCAGCGAGGACAUUCAAAGCUUGAUCACAUCCAAGACAUCAAAUCAUCCGCAAGUAGUUGCAGUGGGCAACAAAUUUAACCUGGACUUCACCGAGUUUUUUGUGUUAUUUGAAGGAAAAGGAGUGAAAUGUGACAGUUUGCUGCAAGCUAUAGAUUUAUCGUUUAAGUCUUUCUAUGUUUUCCGCAUUGAAUUUCCGAGUCAAUGUUAUGGUGCUUACCAAUUUUUAGACUACGCAAUUUAUAAAAUGAAGCCAGUUUGUACUGUUUCAUCAACUGUCAAGGAAUUGACGGCUUAUGCUUGUUGUGAGAAUUUGUUAAGUACCACUUAGAUUUGUUAAUAUUUAUAAUAUAUAUCAUUUAUGCUUUUGUGGCUAACCUUGCAUAUGGAUAUUACUUUGUAAUAAUUAGGGAUUAUGUAUUUAAUUGAACAAUAACAUUAAUUUGUAUUUACCAAUUGAACUAGAAAUAAAGGCCAAGCAAACAAUUUGCGCAUAGUUAAUGAAUUUUGCAUUUAUUUUAAAUACGCACGGACCAAGAUUUCGGUAGCAUUAGGAAUUCAAAAUAAGUACUCGUGAGCCCACAAACAGUGUAUAUUUGUACAUGCAUUUACUCCCUUGCGUCCUAAAUUGUAGUACAUCUUUGAUAUCAAAUCCUAAUUAUUAUGCACUUUAUUAUACUCGGAGAGCGUCACGUAGAUCAGCGUCCAAUUGCUCUUAAACUUUAGUGGGAAUGUGCUUAAAUGCAUCUAGUACGCAUUACGUACUCAUCUUGAGUUCUAAUAGCUCUUGGGUCAAAAUUCGAUACGUAUGUACUCAAGUCUCAAUACGGAUAUACUUAAACACCGUACGGAUUUUUUAGCGUGUACAUACUAUCGUUUCAGAAUAUUUACUAUCCAAAAUUUAAUACAAAAUUUGUUGACGUAUGUAAGAAAACAUGUAUUUAUGUAUAUAUGUACACGACAGAGUAAUCGGAUAUCACACAUUAAAACAUGUUUCGCUGAACGAUUACAUAUUUACAUAUAUUUGCAUAUUUAUUUUAUGCAUGAACACACUAUGUACAUAUGUACUGGAACGUACUUACAUAUUCCUUUCAAUGGCAGAGUAAUAAGUUAUUACUAAUAGCAUUAAACUAAAUUUGAA